AUGACCGUGUGGCGCUCUGCAGUCGUUCUGGGUCUCUUCGGGGACCCGUAUCUGCGUAAUACGUCGUACGAAGCCGGAGGAGACCCGCAAGCACUCGUUAGCGUGCUGAAGAACUUUGCACAGCUGCUGCAGCCGCCGGAAGACGAAGACGAUGGGGCCCGAGACGACGCGAACGAUAAAUCGCUGGCGUUCCCACUGACAGCCGAGCAGCGGCACGCACUGCAGACGUUGGUGCUCCCUCAGCUGUUAUUCUGUAGUCAAUGGGCCGAGAAGGGCGCCAACGUGGACGACGCUGCGCAGUUCCAGACCUUUAUGACUGAAUGGAAAGCGGAACUGGCCAAACUUCAAGUCGGAAAGCCGGUGCUGGUGCCUGGAGGGUACGUUGGAACGGUGACGAGCCACUCAAUUAUUUACGUGAUUGAAAAGACGAGUGAUGCACCAGAGCUGUACUCCUUUACAGUUUGCAAUAAAGGCCCUGGAGCCGAGAUGUACCAUCCGUGCGAAGUGAAAGACGGCGCUGACAAGAUCUGCGUCCGGUCGUGUAUCCAGAUCAGUAACAUAUUGGCCAGUCGUUUUUUGGAUAUGGCCCUUUGGUCAUUGCUGUUCUCGCUGUGGGUGCGCAAACCCGCGUCGGAGUAUCAUCGAGUGGAGAUCAUCUACGACGUGUUGCUGCCUUGGCUCGCAAACGAUCAGCUACUACCACUGGCUUACGAAAAGUCAGCACAAUACGCACUAACUGACUGGACGAGUGCAGCUCUCGGAGACGCGCACACAGCACAGCGCAGCCAGUUGGGCUUUUGCAAAAGCGUCAUUGAAGCGGUUCGCUAUUUGAGUCUACGUGGCCAAGUGUUUACGAAUGAAGAAGUGGAGUAUACGAUUCUGUAUCAAAUGCGCUAUCGUUUAUUCUGGCAAAUCGUGAAAGGCUUGAAAAUCGCGGAAAACCCUGCAAAAGCAAUUCCUGACAGCAAGCUGGCUAGUGCGCUGCAAACGCUGUCUACCAUCGCACUGCAAGAUUCGCUACAGGGUACCCACACCGUGGCUCAGGUGGAUCCAGAAGCUGUCGUUGGUAUUUAUUUUACAACGGCGACGUCCACGGCGUGUCGUAAGUUGACACACGCGCUCACAGUACUCAGCAAAAGCUUGCACGCUGCAAAUAAGAAGUUCGUCAUAAUUGCAGUACCGGUCGAUCGAGAGCAGGCAGACCACGCGACUUUUGCAGCCAGCUUACCGGUACACACAUGGCUGGUCGUGCCUUUCUCAGAAAGAGGGGCUCGCGAACAGCUCGUGCAGACGUUUGACAUUGCGGAGGUGCCGCAGCUCAUUUUGCGAGGGUCUGAUGGAUCCACAUUGACCCCGUUAGGAAAAGACCUGGUAAUGUCAGACCCAACAGGUGCUUUUUAUCCGUGGACAAGCAAGCCGUUCGAGCUGCCAAGAAUGACUCUUUCCGUUUCCGAGACGACAUGCAUCGCCAUGACUGUGAAGCAAAUCGGACUGAAAACGCUCAAGCAAUAUGAUCGCCGAAAAAUAGAGGCCCAAGGCCUCAGCCACGUGAACAACCUAAUGGAUGAAACAGAGCGGCUGAUCGAGUCAGUGGGGGCGACCGCUAGUUCCGACAAUAACAAGAAGUGCGAUGCGGCUUCACUGAACGAAACGUUUACAUUUAUCCCCCAUGGUAAUAUGGAGUUGCUGCGGCUGCAAGAACAUGCAAGUGAGUACGCGGGAAGCGCGUCUGAGCUUGACGCUCCUGUUCUUAGCAAUUUUUUGGGUGUGCCCGAACGCAUAACAUCGAUCGCACUAGCGGUUGCAGCAUUCGUUAGGUGCAAGGCUUUGUGCGAGUCCCUGCUGAAGCGAGCUGCUGAAGGAUCGACCUCCUCAAAACUGUCUUUGCACUAUAAAGUCCUUCAACUGAUUACAAGCGUGCUAGUAGAAGUAUUGCCAGUGCCCGAGCGUAUCGGUGCUGACGGAGCUGUGUCACCCACUUGUAUGUGGAGGCAUCCUGUUGCAAAGGACAUGCAGCUUCGAUGCCUAAAACACAUACACUCCCUGCUGCUAAUUUUAGGAUCAGUGUGGCAGUCAGUAGACCAGCCGAGCCGUCAGUUUGAUUCAGAGCGCGCACUUGCGGCAUCGUGUGCGUUGUGCAUUUUUGAUGCCCUAGUUCGCACCCCAGCAGCUGACGAUCCACUCGAAAUUUCUCUCAUGAUGGAAGAAGAAGAUGGAUAUGUAUUAGCUCACACGUUCUGCAAGUCAAAUAUGUCAAUCAAAAAGAUGGCUUCGGCGAUGGAGUUUGCGCGGCCGAAUUUUUGUGUUGUCCGAGGACAGGUGCUCGCUUACUUUAACAGCCAGGAUAUCAGAGGUAAGCGACAACUAUAUGACUAUCAAAUGCCGGACGACAAGAUUGAAAUCAAGAAAUAUUCGACGACGAUUCUCUUCUUUCGUAAGUUAAUGGAGCGGUACCAUUACCAAUUGAUCGACCCCAGCAAUCCGACCCCACCGACUGAAAUGGAAGCGUUAAUGGAGUGGUUUUGCAGCGACACGAAUCCCAUGGCCGAGGAUCAUCCUGAAGUUGGCAUGACUCGUGAUCUGGUCAUGGCGGUGAAAUUCUUAGCGACAAUGGAAACGAGCGAAGUCGAACUUUUGAGGCACCGUGCAGCCAACGAUCACUGGCAGAUGUGGCAGCUAUCGUUUGACGACUCAGCAGCAACCCAUCGACGGAACUUUUUCGGUCUUCGCGGACUCAAUCAGAUACUUCACGCUACGUUAAAGUGGGAGGUUGUUAACUUCCGCGGAACCGACCAAGAUGUCGCUGACGUGGAGGUGAAAGGGAUCAUGGGCAGGAAGAUCUAUUUUGGCGACGGUCCGGUCGUGAGAAGCCCAACGAAUCUAAGUGCACUCAUUUCCAAAUGUUCAACCAACACGUCAACUAAAAGCCAUUCUCUUGUAAUUACUGAAGACGACAUCAUGCAUCUCACUGAUCUACCUAUUUUUGACGGAACCCUUUCAACGGAGGAGUCAGAGUAUCUCUUGAGUUACUUGACGGUGCCAUACACGCGGAUUCCUCUCGUGGCUUCAUUUUUUUCCUCACAGGACCGUGUUACGUACUUGAUUAAUCCGAUGCUGCAGCAACUAUUUCGUGGUGUUUUGUUUGAGGGUGGGGAUUGGGUCGUCGAUGAUAAAGCUGAGGAAAUUACCCAUAUUCCUUUGAGAAAGCCAAACUUCGUGAUGCACGAGGAAGCCGUUCAGCAGACGCGUGAUGCUCGUGUUCGACACCAGAAGUGUGAAGACCACCUCGGCACAAUGAAUGGGCUUCUUUUGAACGAAUUAGUCCACGCACCAGAAGCUAUUGUACCCCCGUUGCUUAAAAUGUUGGAUGCAAUCAAGGAGCUCGGAGAAGUUUCCGUUCACUCAGCAGACGCUCGAUUUAUGCUUUUCAUGAUCAAGCUGGGCGUGGAUAUUCUGCAAUACGUAACGUUUGCUAUCGACCAGUGUAUUUCCAUUGGCGACCGAACGCAGGUUGACAAGCUCGAGGCAUAUCGGUCGCAGCUUAUGGAGUACGUAUUCGGGUACGCCCGCAGGAUCUUGAAUGAAUGGAGACGGGAAGCUGAAGAAGCGAACAACCUCCAGACAGAGUGCGUGGUCCAUUCAUACCUUGCUCUUCUUCAUGUAAGCUUGCGCUGUUAUGAAUACGACGCUCCCAAAGUCUCCGAAUUGCUGGGCUCUGUCGCUCACGUUCACAACUGGCAUUGCUUCGGAAUGAAACUAUCUACUGACGGUAGUAUCGAGAAAGGUGGGCUCACGGCGGAAGAAAGACUACUCCGUUGGCUUCAAGCCCAUGGCAUUGAUACCGCCGACGUUAGUAGCACGUCUCUAGACAAGUACUUGGUGGGCCGACCUCUUUACUUGAAAGUUGGAAUGCAAACUAUUCAAGCACCAAGCAUUGUCACACUGCGCAACAGUAGCAAUGACAAAGAGAUGCUACUACCACCCGGCGACGUUCUUGAAGCAGAAGUAUUUGAAGUAAUUCAGUUACACCGACGGUCAAUCAUGCAAUGGUUGGUCGGCCUAGCAAAGACCACUCGCAACAAGGUUCUAGGAGGCAUCGUUCGAAUUGCACUUCGUUCGACUAAGCAAACUGACACUUGGGAAUGGAGCGAAGAAUCAAAUGCCGAAGGUGCAGGUAAAUACAUCUGCGACGAGCAGGAAUUGAAGCUGGAUAUCCAGACAGGGGAAAUAUUGUGGCGGAAUGACGAACUGAAGCCUGUUCCGGACUCGAUGACUCAGUACGCAGACUUUAAGACCGUGUUUGGAAACAAAGCGCUUCACUGCGGUCUUGUGGCCCGCCAUGAACAUCGUUUGUGGAUCAGCAUUGUUGGCACGGACUAUCAGCUAGUAGAAUGGAGCGACUCUACGCACGAGAUUGAUCAGGGCAUAGGCGCUCCGACGGUGUUUGAGCCUCGCAGCGUAGGUGGGCCUGAUGGACCAGCUAAGGAUCCUCAAGAACAUAAAAUGUACUGGGAGUGUUCGACCUGCACAUGUGCGAAUUUUAAUGGUGACAGCCCUGAAGCUACCUGCGAGGUAUGUGGUACCCCAAAAAUUGCUCACGUGCUUCCUCAGGCCGUACGGAAUGAUAGAGAUGGGAAAGCCAAGCAACCGGGCGAUGAUGGAUUCUGCUACCUCGGCAAAACAUUCUCGCGUCCUUUCGAUAUUUACACCGAGAAGGAGCAUUCGUAUGUUGAUGAACAUUGGUUUGCCGAUUUGAUUGGCGAUGUACUCCGUCUGAUCUAUCCUCCAGAGCCAGACAAUAAGAAAUUACCUUACACGCUGUUUCUUCCGAAUGAGCCGUAUCCAGCUGAUGCUAGCCGCGUGAACUUGAUCGGCCUAGACCGAGGCUCUGGCGACAAGGAUGAUGAGCAACUUGCGACGUUCAAAGAAAUCGUGGCGUAUCGAACGAUGAAGGUCAUACAUAUAUUCGCCUUGGUGUCGCAUGGCCGCAGGCUUUACCGAAAACUUGUAUUUACGUCGGACUCGCGUCUAAGUCUUCACACUUUCCGUCUUCCUGACUUGCAUGGUCAAAGCCCAGUUCAUCCUGCCCUACUACGUGCGAGCGGCGAGCCGUCCGAACGUCAAAUUGCUGGGGGUUCACUCGUAGUUUUACGCAAGAACAAUUUGCUGAAUGGAUCCGAGCAGUUCGUUCCGUCGCGUCUUCUCCAGGGAGUUAUUCCAAGCUGUUUGCUGGAGAACUUCAGUUUUUGGAAAGGGGAAGAUGGGCGUCUGCGGGGAAAUGCUGUGGACACUAAGUCACAAUGGUUUCGAUAUCGAGUUGAGGUUGAGCUGAAUGAACUCGGUCACGCCUUCAUCAGUCGAAAACCAAUUACGAUGCCCUUUACAACCAUUCAAACUGGCAAGACCGGCACCGUCUGCUCAUCAAAUGGUAGUUUCUUGGAACCCUUGCCGGCUCUCACAGAAAUGCCAAAAAAAGCCGCAAGUGAAGGUCACCGCCCAGCAUCUCCUAAGUUGUCCAAAACUAACGAUGGCGACGUCGUUCAGCUUAUGGCGAUGGGCUUUUCGUAUGUCGGAUGUGCUCUUGCGCUACGCGAAAGUCGUAAUAACGUGAACCUGGCGGCUCAAUACUUGUUGGAUGAAAGUAAUCAGAUGCAGAUUCUUGCUGCUGAAGAAGCAGCGGCAGCUGGUGACUUUGUUCUUAGCUCCGAAGAGCAGCACGAACAAGACGUCGGACUUCUCAUGAGUAUGGAAGCUUCUUGCUCCCGAGUUGCUGCUGGGUAUGCACUGAAUCUCUUCGCCGCAGAUCUAGAGCUUGCAAAAGUCUGGCUGUCGGAUCCAGCUAAUCGUGCAGAAAUCCAACGAGUGGAAGUUGCUGAAUGCGGUGAUUCUUCGACGUCCGUGGUCGUCAAUGAAGAACUUGCUUUACGGAUGGAGACGGAUGAAGAUGCGAAAGAUGCAGAUGGCGAAUCCGGAGUGGCGGAACAAGCUGAAGAAGCUUUUGGAGAACCUCUUUACCUGUUAAACAUGCUCGAGGCCAGUGCGGCGCGCGAGAAUGACGAAGUUCUGGCGUUGUCCACAUUGCUCUGUCGAGUUGAGGAUCUUUCACAUGUACUAGUCUGGUGCACCUGCAAGGGCACUAAAAGCUCGCCUUGCGAAAUAACCUCCAUCACUUUCAUCGAACUACCGCGAUUGAACCUAAAGCUGCAGCCAAAGAAAGAUAGCAUUUCUGGGCAUAUCCGCCUUCAUGUGAUGGAUCAAAGCCAUUGGUAUGUGAGUGACCUCUCGCUUUCUGUGCCGAAAGAGACGCCCACAUACCUCCGUAGAGUGCUUGAGAUAGCGUCUGACUGUCUCGUCCUGGAGUCAGACACCAGUGAUCUGAAGUUACUUUGUCCUAACCACGAUUUGCAUCGUCCAGCGAUUCGUGGGCAUCCGUUCUCUUCGGUUCUCGUGAGCGACCGUGGAUCCGUGGAGUGGCAGCAAGUGAUGAAGACAAGAUUUUACAACUAUCCUGUGCAUUCAAGCAACACGUUCGUACUGCCUCCUUCUCUCAGCUCUACGCUGUAUCUGAUACUUCUAAGCCUGCUCACGCGAAAAUACGCGACAGCAACGGAGUUGAUAAUGGCGUGCAAUGUAGAUGUGAAGUUCACUGACGAGGAAAAGCACGUUUUCGACCAGUUGUCAAAGACGCUCGAUGAUCGCCACCCGGAUGCUUGUGCAUGCCGCAUCCGUUUGUCGCUGUGUAUCACCUACAGCGACAACAAGGCUCCCUGGGAAAUGGGCGGAGAGCUGCACGACUACCUCACAACAAGCGGGCACGUCGAAGUUUCUUGCAAACUUACGCUGGAAGAGGAAAAGGAGGCAAUAGCGCAAUGUCAUCAGCAAUCUCGUCUUUUGUUGCUGCGCAAAAAGUUCUGCGAUCAUGUCCAGCCAGAUACGACGAAUAUUGACUUCAAGCUGACACGAUCGCGAGUCGGCGGUCAGCCGUGGAUGAAGCUUAGCUUGUAUAGCAAAAGCUACCUCAUGGCACACGGCAAAAAACUUGCAACUGUGCGCUACAAUCGGCCGAAGCACAGAGUCGGAAUCAGCAACAAGUUCUUGAUUGAUGACGAGGAGGCAGGAAAACUUGUAUGGAAUUGUGCGGUCGUUGGUGAUGAGAUAAGUGGAGCAAACCGAGGCCUUGGUUUCCUUUUCUUGUAUGAAUGUCUAAACCAGCAGCUUGUUAUCCGAGUGGGUGGUGGAGACUGGACGCGAUCGUUCGGUGAUUUGUUCGCGCGUCUUCUGCACUUGAAGUUGUCUAGAUGGGGUCGUGAAACCGUGGGUGAUGGCGAAGAAGGUUGCGUGCCGUCGUACGCGAUGGCACAGCUGGCGAUGAUGAUCGCUCACCCCGAGAUUGAAUGGCCUUCAUCACCAUGUGAUCAAGAAAGCGUGCAUAUGCUCUCACGCGGUGCAAACUUGUACUCGAAGAUGACAAUUGGAACAAAUGUAAAACACUUCUUUGACAUCGGUGAGAUGGAGUUCCAGAAUGCACUUGAAUCUGAAGAUCACGAGACUCGCAUCAUUGUGCCCAAAAAGAACCAAUUCAGCCAGCUUCAGCAUACCGCCGAACACAUGUUCAACGUACGCGUGACGCCCUCGAAGGACAAGGUGACGUACGACGUGUCGAAUGCAUCAUGUGGCGAGCGCCACUUCACGGGAGUCAAUGGAUGUCACAUGAAUCCCGAAUUCCCGCUGGAAGUGAUAAACGUAGAACAUUUUAUUACAUUAUGCGACCAAGAGACUGAAGUAGGGACGUCUCUACCGUUCGACCUCUCGAAGCACCCUGCGGCUCAAUCCGCGGCUGCACAAGAUUUGCUGAAAAGACUUGGUGAUGAUAUCGCUAUCAAUGCACAAGCAGUGAACGGGACUAAAGAUACGUUUGUCAUGGGUGUGACUCCAUCUACUUUAUCAUCGUCCGGUAGCUGGAUCUCGGCUGUCGAGAAUCUUCGAAAGCUGAUUGACAUUUGUGAGAAUACGAGAAUGCAGGACCGCAAGAUGGUCGAAGAGGGCAUUGCAAUGCUUGAAACGCUGACCAACGAGGUCCGUAUCAACGUUCAUGGCGAUCGAGAACGGGUCGUUGCUGCUGAUUGCUUUAGAAUGCAGCGACACGUUGGUAUAUACCCUCGAGUGACAUUUGACUUUCUUACAGCACUUCUAGCAUCAAAUACGUUUGAGUCUGAUUUGAGAGCUCGUAAUCCGUUCGUGACGAAUGGCACUGCGGAUCUUGUGGAGAAAAUAUUGCUGGUGCUUUUCUUGUGCAGUCGUAUCGUGCACAUAAAUCAAGUCGUACGAUCCGCUCGUGAUCUUGUCGCACACCUCAACGGCAUUUCAGCGGUUAAGGGCGAGAACACUUUACCUGACGAAAACGCUUUUUCUGACAGAAUAAAAAUGACCCGUCAAGCUUCCCGGGAUUUGGCUGAUAUAUUAGUAUCAAGGCGUCAUUACCUGCAUGGCCGUGCCGAUGGAGUUAUGUCGGGGUGGCGUUUUGAUCCACGAUUUUUGGUAUUCGAAUACGUUUUCGACAUUUUGCUGCGUGGCAGACAGGUUCAGAUGAUUCGUAGCUUUCUGACGAGCCUGGCAAAAGGCGAUUCUCGUGUUCAACAAAUGAUCAUGGGCGCUGGCAAGACGACAGUAGUGGGACCGUUAUUGACCUAUAUCCUUGCUGACAAAACGCAUCUUGUGACGCAUGUAAUGCCGACGGCACUUCUGGAACAGUCUCGGCAAGUGUUGCGAAGCCGUUUUAGCAAUCGUAUAUUACGUAAGCGUAUUUUCACGUUCGAUUUUGAUCGUGCGAUCAGUGAUGAUCCGGCUACUGCGUUGCAGAUGUUUACAAAGCUGGAUCGUGCUCGGCGCCAUGGCGAUGUGGUGUGUGCUUCACCUGAGUCGAUUAAAUCGAUGAUGCUGAAGCUUGUUGAGCUCCUGCACUCGUUAGACGAAUCUGCAGGCAUCAUUGAACUACAACUUGCUUCAGCAUCGCGAAACGUCAGGCGCAUGAGGCGUGUACUGGAAGACCGUUCGGAAAUGGCUGAUGAGCUUCACAAGACGCUUAGGCUCUGGCAAAAUGGCAUACUGAUCAUGGAUGAGGUGGAUGUGCUGCUACACCCGUUGCGAUCAGAGCUCAACUUUCCGAUCGGAAACAAAUUCCCGAUUGAUCUUGCAGCCAAUCGGUGGGAGCUUCCCAUUCAUUUGAUCGAUGCUGUUCUAGCAUCGGGCGACACCACCACGCACGAGUCCGGCCUGAUUUCGCGGUUGCAUGCUGUUUUGAACGAGGGCUAUGAUACGCACACACUACAGCGUUUCCCUCACCUUGUGCUUCUAGAUAUGGGCUUCUACGAAGCUCACAUGCUACCGCUGUUAUCAGAAAUCGCGAUAGCAUGGUUGCUAAGGAUCUUUCGCGUGGGCAAAAUGCAGGUUCCUGCCGAGCAAGUUAUGAACUAUUUGGAGUGUUCCAGCUCCGAGAUCUAUACAAACGCUUCUCUCCGCGCUGAUAUCGAGAAUGGUUUGUCUGAAUCUUCGAUCAAGCUACUUAAUCUAGCACGCGACUGGUUGCGUACAAUUCUACCGCACGUGCUUUCGAAGAUCAACCGAGUGUCCUAUGGUCUUCUGAGGGAUGAGCAUCAAACGGCUGCCGCGCAAGGACGAAAUGGCGGAAACACACAUUCGCGGCUAAUGCUAGCGGUACCAUUUAUCGGGAAAGACGUACCAAGUCACUCGUCCGAAUUCGCGCAUCCCGACGUGCUCAUAGGGUUAACGAUUCUAUCGUACCGCUAUGAAGGCAUGCGCAUACCCGACCUCGUGCGGAUGGUCUCUCAGCUAAAGCAAGAUUGUAGCCGUCAGCUAGGACCGCGCGAUCAGCGUCCAUCAUGUGCUAUCUUCCGCGAGUGGGUUCGUACCGGUCUAGCCGCACUUUCGACAGAAGAACAAGAAGCGUCCGGAAGCAUUCUUCCCUUACCGCUGUUUCAGCUUCAUGAUACAGCGCAAGUGGCUCGCCUGCACGUUUUGGUCGCCAAGCUCGCGGCAGUAGUGUAUUACUACGUUCAGCAACAUGUUUUUCCGUCGUGCAUGAACUUCCAGAAGGUCAAGAUCUCGGCCUGUGGGCACGAACUUGGCAGCAAUUCUCUCUUCGCGAAGCGCAUCGGUUUCUCGGGAACACCGUCGAAUCUGUUGCCAAUGGACUUGGGCGAGUGCUAUUACGAGCCUUGCAGUGACGGCAGCAUUUUCAAUGCCCUCACUGACAAGCGUAUUGUAUCGAUUGAGCGCAAAUUGGAAUGGACAGCAAGGAGCUUGUUGCUGGAUAUUGCUCACGCCGAGCCACUAGUACAUGCGCUCAUUGACACAGGUGCUUUGAUCACAGGGUUUGACAAUCAGGAAGUAGCCGCUUUUCUUUUGGCCGAGUUGCCCACGAAAAUGGAAGGAGUCGUCUAUUUGGAUAAAGAUGACCGACAGAUGAUUCUGCUUCGUGAUCACAACGCACCUAUGCCACUGGUACAGUGCGGGUUAUGUCCAAGCAAAAGAUUCACAUUCUACGACCAAGUGCACACGACGGGUAUGGACAUCAAGCAGUGCGUUAACGCGCGUGCUGUUGUCACACUGGGCAAAGAUAUGACCUUCCGUGAUUACGCCCAGGGCGCUUACCGCAUGCGCGGCAUUGCCACAGGUCAAUCGAUUUGUCUCUUUCUCAUUCCUGAAGUCGAGAAUCGCAUUAGCCACGAAAUGAAACUUGCAAAUGUCGAGUUGAUCUCACAGGGCUCCGCGCAGCAGCAAAUAGACAAGUUUCUCCUACUGGUGCCAGCAUGGCUUCUCACGAACUCAAUGCGCAUAGAGUCAAUGCAGCUCGUUCAGCUAUCACUUCAAGAAUUGCACAACACUUGGCGUAAGCGGGCUCUUUUCACUUUGCAAGAUGAAAUUGAUGAAGCCGUGGCUACGAAAGCCUCGCUAGACUCAAGAUUACGUCGAUUCGUUGGUCAUGACGUUGAUGACGGAAAAGCCUGGCUACGCAAGUGCAUUGCUCUAUUCCGCGUGGAAAUCUCGUACACUGUAGAUGCUGCUGUACCAACGAAAAAGCAGCUGUCGGAUGUUGUUGAAGGUCUGAUUGAGGACCACAAAGACUUCCUGACAACUAGCGAAGAGAUGAAGCGUGUCACUGAUGUCAAGGGACGGCUGGUAUAUUCGAGAGCGAGUCAGCAGCAAAUUUAUGCAGAGGAUGCGUCAGAGCAAUGUGACCUACGACUUACUGCCGAAGUUGUGCAUGAGAACGAGGCCGAAGCCGAAGAAGAAGCCGAGGAGGAGGCAGAGCAUGAGGAGCAAAAGAUGAGUGCUUCCACGCGUGAUGACGAGCACCCGAUUCCGUGGAGUGCCUAUGUACUUGCACAUCGACCCGCUGCUGCUUCUGCAUCUGGUAGUGACGGAGAAACGACGAUGGCAGUAAACCAGCACCAAGAAGCGACUUCCGUAUUCUACCCGUGUGCACAGUUCCAAGCCCAGGCAAAGUGUCCAGCGAUUGAUUUCCCAGCAGAGAUGCUGAUGUCUGGCAACUUCUUUCGACGACGAUGGGUGGGGCUUGGCGAACGUCGUGUUAAGAACGUCGGGCUUAUUCUCGAGUGGUCACCGCUACUCCACCAGACAGCCAUGAAGGUGGUCGUGCAGCAACUCUUUCAGGCAUUUAUGACCGCUGACGCGUCUCCUAAGAAUGCAAAUGAAAUCGCGGUACAGGCUUUACGGGCGGCCGCUGAAAUGGCCAGCACGAGUCCAGACGCGGUUCCUGGUGGGAUAAAAGACGCCGUCGCUUCCGCAAUGACUCACCUUCCGGUGUAUAUGGCAACUUUGUCACUUGUGGAGGGUGAGACGAUUCGACGCAUGAUUCAUGAAAAGCAUCCUGUAUUCCAGGUAAGCCAGGUGCAGUUGCGCACAAGCGAAGGCGAGCUUGUCGAGAGCUCUUCAUUUUUUUCAUCGUGGGCGCCGAAGUCUACACAGGCGACGUCAAACGUCAUGUCACCUCGUGAAAAGACAAUUGCUGUAGCAGUGCAGUGCUUGCGCUUUUUCAACAACGAGAUGUAUUACUCGCCGGUCGAGUUAGACCUGCUAUUGACGGGGCUAGCAGCUGUCCCUAUAAUGUUGCGGCACGAAUUCUUCAGCUGCCUUCUUCGCUCGCGACGCCGACAGCGCCACUUGUGGGAAGACACGCCGCUGGCAAAAGCCCUCACUGCUCAAAGCGAAUGGCACUUGUUGACCGCGCGAGCUCGUCUGCAACAAUUCCAGCAGAGCUUGUUGCGCAAGCAGCGGCAGCGCAAGAAGAAGGAGGGUGCGGGCAAAAACACAACGCACGCCAUGGCUGUCCCCCAUCUGGCUGUUGCCCUUCGACAAUUCGAUCGAGACGGAGACAGCCGGCUGAGCGCGGAAGAGAUCUAUAAGUGCUUGGAGAGCUUCCACUUGGGCUUCUCGUCAAAAGAGCUGAAUGAGAUUGUCGGCCUCAUUGUGGACACUCGACCCACUGACAGCGCGGAGAAUACAAUCUUCGAGCACCGAGUCUCAAUAUCCACAAUCUGUGCGUCAUUCGGCAUCUCUAGCGACGACGUGGAGAUCGCGCUUGCUCAAGAUGACCAGAAACGUGCUCGCGACGCAAGUAAGACGAGCACCGCGGAGCCGUCGUGGAGCUGCCUCGUGUGCACGUACCUGAAUGAAGGCGAGGUCGAGUCGUGUGAAGCUUGCAACGAGUCGAACCCUCAACACCGCGACGCUCAGCGGCAGCAACAACACGAAUGGCGCUGCAGCAACUGCACGUUUAUCAACCAGUCGGACGACGCGACAUGCGCCAUCUGCGAACUGGACCUGGCGGGCCAGCGUGGCGUACCUCGAGGCAAGUGGAUGUGCGCCGGUGAGCAGGGCGGCUGCACGUUCUUCAACCCCAUGUCGGCGUUUUACUGCGAAGUGUGCGAUCGCGCGCGUCCUGACUUGGUCUCCACGCGCUUCUAA